ACCGACAGCAUAGUUUUCGAAGAAACCUUCUCGUGGAUCAACAUAGAUCAUACUUGGUCAUCUUAUACAGAAAAUUGUCUCAAUAACUGAAAAAAUAAAACACACUAAAAAUGGCUAUUGUUUAUGGUGCAACUAUUGUCCUCGUUUUAUCGUUUCUGACAACUGACGUGUUGUGUCAGACCUUUCAAUAUAGUCAAGGAUGGACGAACGGUAAACGCACACCCACGGAAGUUACUUCUCAAUUGUUAUAUCCGGCCUCAUCAUGGAUGAAAAAUAAUUUCGAUUCUCAAUUUGACAAUAUUUCACCGCAAACUCAUAAUAAUGAUGCACAACGAAUGAAAUUGUUCCAUCAAGGAAAUGUUAACGAAGCUCUCUGUUUGUUACCUUGCGAGACAAACACAUCGAGAAAAAAUCUCCGAGAAAAUCAGCAAAGAAAAGGAUUCAAUUCUGAGGGUGCUAAUAAUAUUUAUCAAAUGUAAUUAAUUAAAAUGUGUCAUAGUAAAUUUUACGAAGAGAAAAUA